CCCUAUGAGCACCUCCGAAAGACUGAGCUAAAUGCGAGCACCGGAAUUUGAACCCUGAUGGGCUGGGGAUACCACAGUCCCUCUAACCAUCCAACCACAAGUUGGUUCGACUAAUUAAGACUUAACUAGUAGUACUAGGCUUAUACAAAAAAUUGGUUGGCUUCCAAAAAAUGCCACCAAAGGAACGGGCCCUUAACCGUCUUGCACACGAAGCCGUCUACUCCGUUUAUUUUGAAUCCGAAGCCGUGUCGCUGCCUCCUCUCAUCCGUCUAUAAUAAGGAGUAUAUACUCUCGUGCAGGGCUGCCUACCGUCGCCGUCUGCAGCGCGCUUCAAACGCUUCGCCGCCGUACUGCUCCGACCAUCUUCUUUCCUUGAUCAAGGACUGACCCACGCACCGAUGGCCUUGAACGAUGGCCUCGCCAGGUUCAAGCUGCAGCAGGAGAGGAACCAGGCGGCUCUAUCCGCCAUCGCCGCAGCAAAAACUUCUUCUUCAUCAUCAUCCACCAGGCCGUCGCCGUCCCAGCAGCAACCCGGUGCAGCUCCAACUCCAAGGCCCGCGGCUAAACCAUCGCCGCCAGUGCCUGCCGUCAGAAUCUCCGACGACACGGCGCGGCUAAAAGAGACCAACACCGCGAGGAAGUUGGCCGCCGGAGCACAGAUCAGAUUCUCCGAUGACACAGCACGCCUACAGAAGAUCAAUGAAGUUAGGAGGUCCCCCGUCGGAAAACAGAUCAGAGAUGUCAUCGCGCUGCUCGAGAGGACGAGGGAAGCUCUCACGGCGCACCAGAUAAACGAGAAAACCUACGUCGACAUCGAUGGCGCCAUCGCCGAGCGCCUGAGGAACAACCCCAAGGUGCGCUUCGACGGGGAGCGCUACUCGUACAAGCGCACGCACGACGUCAGGGGCAAAGACGAGCUGCUCUCGCUCGUCGGAAGCUUCCCCGACGGCCUCCCGGCGUCGGAGGUGGAGGACGCGUAUCCAUCCGUGCUGGAAGACCUGCAGGCCCUGAAAUCUUCAGGCGACAUCUUUUUGCUGCCGGUCGAGAGAGACAUGAUUGCCUACCCGGAUGACCCGAGGUCGAGGAUGGAGGUGGACGCCAAGCUCAAGAAGAUGUUCCACGACAUCAAGCUGCCGGUAAACAUGGUGGACGUCGAGAAGGAGCUCCGGAAGAACGGCGAGAAGCCGGCCACCGACACGGCCAAGAGGCGUGCCGCUGAGCAGAUCCAUGGCCGGCAACCGGAGCCGGAGAAGGCCAGGAAGAAGCCGCGCGGGAUCACCAGCAGGACCAAGCUCACCAACGCUCAUCUCCCGGGACUCUUCGACCUGCCUGUAGAUAAUAAGGACUCGAAAGAUUUCAUCUGAUAGAAGAUGUAACUGAUAGAGAUGUACCUGACAGUGCCAGGCAAUAUCAAAAGUGUAGAACUAAUAUUUUUCUUCUGAAACUAUGGAGUUACUAUCUAAGAUUACAAUCCAGUUUCAAUGGUCUAGAUUGACUAAUCGUACAAUGAAUCUUAUUGAAGAAACCUAAGGACAAAUGUGGCAUUAACUCUGAAUAUAUUUGAACAGCCAACAUUCUCAGGAUGUGAAAAGCCUGAUGUAGGUUCAGUGUUAGUAAAUUGGACUGUCUACCUCGUAAGAUGGCACAAGUGACAGAAAAAAGCCUGUGUAGUUUCUUUUGAGGGGUAAUGUAUUGUGUAAUACCUUUAAACAGUUUCAGGCAAAUAAUUUUGCCCCGAGUACAAACCGUGCUCUGCAAUCAGAUAGAACAUCACUGCAGUUCCCAAAAAUAGAGAUCUGUUGAAAGAACACAAGUUCUACACGUCCAAAAAUCAAGACUUAGAAGUACUCACCUGUCAAAAGCAACCCCAUGCGGGCAUGUCAACGGGGAUGACACCGACAAGGAGCACACAUCAUGUCUUCGCCCGCGAGGACGGUUGGUCCCAGCUGGAUGUGGACCUCGAUCAACUUGUUGUACAUGAAUUUGGAGUGGCACUGCUGCUUGCCUGACAAGUGGCCCAGAAGCACCACCGUUGGUCCGCUGAAGCCACAACUCGUUUCAGGGCAGAAGCAUGGCGCAUGUGGGCAACCCUUCUCGUGGUCUUCUUUCUGGUAGUAGGUUAUCCUUUUAGUGCAUCCACGGUUGCCAUGGGACUGGAGCAAGCAACUUUGAUGGAUUAAUUGACAUGUUCUACCAUGUAGGAGCGAUUGUAGACCGUGGGAAGAGCUUCUCGUGGCAAGACGGACAUAUGUCAUGCCCAACAGUU